AUAAUCGUUAAACUAUCGAUGCAUUCUAAUGGCGUGUUUAAAUUUUGUUGCGAUAGUAUUGCCAAACUCAUUAGUACGACAAAAUCCUUAUCGACAGGUUCGCUUAUUUUACAGCAAAAGAGCCAAAUAGGUUGUGGCAAAAUAAUUUAAAAGCAAAGUUUCGUGGACAGUUAUUGCGUAUCUUUGAGAGCCAGAGUGGAGCUUUCUGAUAUACCCUUCCGAUUGAAAAAAGUAACAAAAAAGUGGAUCCGUUAUCGGCUUACUGUAGUUCAGGGCGAAAGUUCGAGGAGUGAAUCGAGUGUUUUUUGUUUUGAAGUGUGAAAGAAAAUUUCGUCAUACCCAUGUUUUGUCAUUAUACACCAAAAAUACAAACGGCAGAAAAAUAAUUGCCAUUCUCGAAGGUAGAACAUAUGAAAAUUUACGUUAAAACAAAAUAAGAAACGACGCCGCAAGUGUUCCCUGAUAAUAAUUUAUCUUGUCGAUCAGCUUCAACAAGACGAUAAAAUAUCCAGGUGUCAUUCAUAUACCCGGCACUGGUCCGAACAUAAUAGACAAUAUGUUCAGAAAGUUUUGGACACUUAAGGUAUUAUGGAUUAUUAAUAGUGCAUUCUUGGUGUUGCUCGGUGGGGUGCUUUUGUUCGGAUUUUGGGGUUUACCCAGAAUUAUUAGCAAUCAGCUGCAUCAGCAAUUGGAAUUAGAGAAGGGUACCGAACAAUGGGAUAGAUUCGUAGACUUGCCGUUUGCACUGAACUACACGAUAAGAUUUUGGACCGUACAAAACCCGUACGACAUCAUUAACCUAAACCAAACCCCCGUGCUGGAAGAAUCCAAGCCUUACAACUAUUUUCUACAUAUUAAAAAGAAAAAUAUUACGACCAACGAUUCAGAUGACACUGUGACUUAUGAAAGGGAACUUUCGUUUGAAUUCGACAAUUCUACAGACGCGAGAGAAACCGACGUCGUAACGAUAUUGAAUCCAGUAAUUUUGUCAUCUCUUCAAUUGACGAACACCGUAGAAAGACUAGCGUGGUCAGGCUGUGUGGAGAAGCUGUACAAAAGAACAGAAACCGACCAGAUUUUCAUCAACAAAACGGUGCGGGACCUGCUUUUCGACGGCAUUAUUUUCGCGGAAAACGACGAAUCGGUAGGAGUCGCGUGCAGUAUUGUCCGGGAGCGUAUAAUUAAACUAGUGGAGAAUAUACGACCCCUAGAGUACAUCGAAGAAAACAAUGGCACCAGGAGCUAUAUUCGCUUUUCAUUUUUUAAUUAUAAAACAGGUUCCUAUCAGAAACCUAGAACCGAUGGAAUUUAUACAAUCAGCAGAGGACGGGACGAUUUGUCCUUACUUGGGAAUAUAUUGCUUUAUAACGGCGACUCGCACCUGCCGACCUGGGGAAAUUCGAUGUCGACAAACAACGAAACUUGCAACAGGGUGAGGGGCACAGAUUCCACGAUAUUUUCCCCCAAUAGGAAAGAGGGCGAUACGCUGGAUAAUUUCAAUUCGGAUAUUUGCAGAAUUGUAAACAUAAAAUUCGUCUCUUCCGAAGAAUCGUAUCUGGGAAUCAACGCGUACCGUUACGAAGCCACGAACACGACUUUUAGACCGGAAACGUCGAAUCCGGAAAACGACUGCUUCUGCUCCAAGAGCGUAACAAACAUAAACCACGACGAGGAUUGUUACUUAGACGGCCUGUUUGAUUUUAAGCAGUGUUUGGGUGCUCCUGUCUUGGUUUCGUUUCCGCACUUUUUAUACGCCGACGAGAAGUAUCUGAACGGCGUUAAAAACUUAUUGCCAGAUCCGGAAAAGCAUAAAAUUUUUUUACUCAUCGAACCGAACACGGGCACCCCUCUACAAGGUAGAAAAAGGAUUCAGCUAAACUCCAUUUUGAGACGCGAACCGCUUAUUCCACAAACCCCUGAGAACAUGACCGAAGCUGUAUUCCCACUGCUUUGGAUAGAAGAAGGGUUUGAUUUGCCCGAAGAGUACGUUGACAAAUUAAAAAGGCAGUACUUCGACAAGGUGAAUUUGGCCACUGGUGUGAAGUUCGGCAGCAUAGCAGUGUCGUCUGCCCUUCUGACGAUAUCGACCUUCUUCUUGGCGCGAAAAUUAUUCAUAAGGACACGCCCUUCGCAUAAAACCAAAUAAUCCAUUUAAAAUAUAUUUUUGUACUCAAGAACAUCGAUCGCCUAUCGACUUUUUAGCGAUAUUAUGUCCCACAACAGCGUAUAUCCUUCGUAACUUUUAUUAAGACUGAGCUUCAUAUACCUAUUUUUCUAUGUGAUCUACAUGUUUCCAAAAUUAUUUUAGCAAUUUCGAAAGUUAUGGUUAUAAGGGAAGGUGACGGUUGUAUGUUGAAUUUUGCUGCAAAUUCCAAGUAUAUAAUAAAUUCAGACUUUUUGUUGUUUGACAAGUACCCCAAAAUUGACAGUUUCGGUUGAUAAUACAAAUUCAAUUGAAUUUGCCGAAGUUUAGAACCUCUUCAUUUUUAAUUGUUAACUGGGUUUAUACGCAAAAAUAAAAAUAUGCCACAAAAGCGUCAGGUUUAGUCCGAAGUUUUUUGGAUUCUCGGUAGAUGACGCUGUAAUCAUAAAAAACAAUUUAUCCUCUGUUAAGAACUACUACCAGGUCAAUGUUAUGAAUCUGACUUCAGUGUCAUCGGACUUUUGUUUGAACAUGUUUUUCCGACUCCUACUCCGACUCCCAAUUAUAUUCACUAAUCAGGCGUGCGCAAAGUCACGUUAAAACGCUAGUUUCCGACAUUUUAGUCACCGAUUAGAAGAGAUCAAAUGUUUUCAGUAGAUUUAAAUCACUGAUGGUACUUCGAUUUCAGUUCUGAUGAUCACAUCACACGUGAAUCAUUUGCCAAAAAAAAGUAAUGGUCGCGUAGCAAAAGUAUAGUAUGGAAAACGUUCAGAUUCUUAUUUAUAAAUGAUUGGUGCAGAAUUGGUUAUUUUAAAAUAGGGAAGUAGAAAGCAUAUGCUAAAAGGGAUAAUAUUGACCCAUGUAUAUCUUAGCAAACAUGAAAAAUGGUUUUUUGCGAUUACAACGCCUUCUACGGAGAAUAAAACUUCGGGCAAAACCUGGCGUUUUGUGGCAUAGAAUUCGAAUCUGUAUUAAUAAAAAAAUAGUGGUUUUCAUGCUCAAAGUUGCCCUCCCCCCUAUGCUAGUGGGUUGUGGUGGUGGGUCAUAUUUAGUGUUCUUAAAACAUGUUAAAUAGUUCUUUUCUUUAUUACUCAUUAUUAAAAGGAAUUAUUCUUUACUAAAUUGCCUAAUUCCCAGGAUAUUAAGAUAGGACAUUUAAUAUGCGCAUGCGUGGUCAUUUGAAAUCUUGUUUUCAACCAAUAAAACCUAACCAAACAACCAACGUGGCCGCUGACAGUUCGUCAAUUCGACAGGUUUCAGUUUAGGGAUAGCAUUUUUACUUCAGUAUUUUCUCAAAAUAUGCUGGGAAAACGAGUUAAGUUAGAGACCUGUGUUUAGACAGAAAAUGGCGCGAAAUGCAGGUUAGUGUUCACAUUUAGAAGCAUGUCUACCAAAAAAAAAGCUGCCCGAGGCGAAUCAAUUUUUAGCCUACGAGGGCCCACUAUGUUAUCUAAUAGCUAUAUCAAAUGGAUGUAGACAAUAAGUUUAUACAUUGGCGAGUCUGUUUUCAAAGCGCUUAUCUUCAAGCUAAAAAUUAUCUCAAUGAAUCGACCGUGUUUAAUAUUAUUCACUAAAUAUUGCAUCACUUUUCAAGUGACAAUAUUUUAGAAUGCGUAUGUAAGGAGUGUAUGAGAUUGGUUCAAAAUAAUUGGCCGUAGAAAGAGAUAACAAUUUCCUGUUUAUUUCUAAAACCGAUUUUUACUUUUGUGUGUAUAAACUCAGGUCAAACCCAGUAAUAUCCACAAAAUUAAAAGUCCAUUUUUUGUAACCAAAUACUAUGAAAUAAAUUAUUCAAAACCCGGUCCGAAUGAUUUAAUUGGAAUUAAACUGCAAUGUUAUUGAAAA